UCAGAAUCGAAAUUGCAUAUUUAGCUAUAAAGUUGGAUCACACUUUACUUGAACACAGUAUUAAACUUUAUUGGUAUUUUAAAAAAAUACAUUUAUUGUAUUGUAACAAAUGCAUUUUAUAUGUGGGGAAAAUUAUUUAAAGCGUUCAUUUGAUUCUACCCGGAUGGAAUACGAUGGAACACUAAAAGGAGACUGUUGCUAUAACGACAGAAACGUCAACGUUAACUUUUUUUUUCUCGCAACCAACCUGUUGGAGUUUUUAUCUUUACUUAUAAUUGAAAAAGACAGAGAAAAGAUGACUGAGCCAGCAGAGUCCCUUCUUAAAUAUGACACUCCGGUUUCAAACAGCAAAGGUCCGGUUCGGAAAACAGUAAAGGUGCGUCCAUAUAAAGUGAGCCCGAAACAGCCUGUUGACUCCCCGGUGCCUCCUCCCCCGAAAGCAAAAUCAGGGUCACCUGAAAAUGAGGAUGUCCUUACUGUCAUCUUUCCACCCAGGGAGUGGGCGGAGGGCAACCAGCUGUGGGUGCAGCGGGUAUCCAGUGCGCCUUGUACACGGGCUGAUGUGGUCAAUCUGGAGGAAGUGCUGGACAGGAAGUUGCAGCAGAGGCGGGCCUUGGAGACAGGCAUCUGCCCCGUGCGCAGGGAACUCUACUCCCAGUGCUUUGACGAGCUGAUCCGACAGGUGACCAUCAACUGCGGUGAGCGGGGCCUCCUGCUAAUGCGCGUUCGAGAUGAAAUCCAAAUGAGCAUCACCGCUUACCAGACCCUUUACGAGAGCAGUGUUGUCUUCGGCAUGAGGAAAGCCUUGCAGGCUGAGCAGGACAAGAUGGAGAUGCGGCAAAGAAUUAGCAAUCUGGAAACCGAGAAACAAGAUCUGACAAAGCAUCUGAACGAGUUGAAGGCCGAAUGCAUUGCCAACGAGAAAAGGAAUGAGGAAAAAUGGAAAGAUCAGGAAAAGAAACACACAGAACAAAUUCAGUUUCUGAAGAGGACCAACCAGCAGCUCAAGGUAGAACAUGUCCUUUGGCUGGUACACAAGGAUUUUUCAAAUAUUUUUGCUAAUUUUGUCCAUUACAAUAAUAUCAACACAGAACACCACAAUCAGAAACAGGAUCAUUGUGGUGGAGAUGUUUAUUUUUAUUUACAGACACGUUUCUUUUUUCUCAGUCAGGUUGCUUCUUGAUAAACUACAUUGUUUCAUGUCACAAUUCAGGCAGUCCUGACUCGACUUUGCGCGCACCCACGCAUAAUUUUUUUGUGCCGUAAAUAUUAAACGAAUAAUAUUAAAGAUUGUUGGGCCCUACCUCUUUCUGACCCUAUCAUUAGGACAACUAUGAACAGACACUCUCACCAAAGUAUAAUCUUGUACAAUAAUUUUAUAGUCAGGCGCCUGAUUCUCUUUAUGUGUACUGUAUUCCCAUCUAGGCCCAACUAGAAGGGAUGAUC